AUGUCGAACUUUAUCGUUGGGAUUGACACGAAAGACGUUUAUAUUGGGCGAGAGAAACCAGAGAAAACAGCUGCUGGGAAAGCAGUCAAAAAGGGAGGAGCGGGGAUGAACUCACACUCCGGCGUGAAUUCGAAAAAAAUCGAAGAAAAGGUGGACGGCACCGACGCGCCUCUUGUCCACAAACAGGUCAAUAGAAAAUUGUCUGUCACAAUCGCGCAAGCGCGCCAAGCCAAAAAAAUGACACAAAAAGAACUUGCAAAUAAAAUUUGCGAGCGACAGCAGCUCAUUGCUGAGUAUGAGAGUGGCAGUGCCAUCCCAAGUGAGCAAGUCCUUAUCAAGAUGGAGAGAGCUUUAGGUGUUCGAUUGAGAGGGGUCAAGUAA